GAUGGAUGGACGAAUUGAUGAAUUUUGAUGUUGAAAAGUACUCGUAGCGGAACGACACCUGAGAACGAUUCGUGUCAUCGCAACGCAUUCCAUCCAACAGCAGAAUACAGCAGAAUACAGCAUAGCACAGCGUCUCAGAGAACAGCAACAGCCACCCAACAAACAAAACCAAMAGAACACGACGCACCGUCCAGAUGCCGCACUGCCAAAAGGAGGCGCACAACCGGGCCGCCCGCAGCAAAAAGGAACGCCAGCGCCWGAAGCAGGAAACGGCCGCCCGCAAACAGCGCCUCCGGGAGGCCGCCGCGGAGGCCGAGGCGGAGGCGGCCCUCGCGGCCGGGAAGACGGGGAACAUCGUGGCCCCCGUCGAGGGACACGGGGAAUACGAGGUGGGCUACGAGCCGGAGCCGGAGUACACCCGGUUCAACGUCAAGAAGCGCUCCAAGAAGCACCUGCGGCAGGACCUGCGGAAGCGGCAGCUMCGCGAGCAGAGGGAGGAGGAGGAGCGGCGGAAGMAGCAGCAGGAAGAGGAGUAUCGCAAGAAGAAACAGCAGCAACGAGAACUGGAAGGGGAGAACGCGGAGGAGGAGGAAGACGAAGAAGAAACAGCCUKCACAACGGAACCGAUCCUGGAAUACUUUGUCUUUAUCUGCGAGUGCUGCGACAAGCGGUACGCCACCAAAAACCAGUUUCUGAACCACGUCAAUAGCAAGAAGCACAAGCAAAAGUGCCGGAUCUACGAAGACCUGGGAUUGCUGGUCACCCACAUCGAGCUGAGGGGAGAAAACGGAAACGAAGCCGAGCUCUACAACGACGACGACGACGACGACGACGACGAGGAAGACAACGAGGAGAACGGCGCCAGCAGGGCAAAGACAAGCGCAAAGGAAAAUUCGAAGAAGGUUGGUUCCAUCGCUCCGGAACACGAUGGUGACAGCGGUGACGACUCGGAMGGCGGGGACUUGUUGGAAAGCAAAAACGAACSCGGGGAACUCCUUGCAUCCGUCUCAGAGGACAGUGACGAGGACAGCGAUAGCGAUAGCGACGACGACUAUCUUCCUACCUCCAACCAGCGACGAAACGUGUUUGCGGGGUUCGCCGCUGCCGGAUUUAGCAGCAGCGACGACGAUUCUUCCGAGGAAGACGACGACGACGACGACGACGACGAAGGCGAUAGAGAUGGGGAUCAAAAGCUUUCCCCGGACCGGCUGAAGGAUCCCCCACCCGGGAGCCGCGGCGGCAAGAAACAGCCACCCCAGCAAGACGACGGGGAAGACGACCGCAUCGAUUUCGACGAGCUGAUUGCCCAGAACGAGAUCCUCCGGCGCGAGCUCGACGAGCGCAGGAAGCGCGAGGAAUCAGAGGAAGCGGAAGCMCAAGCUCCGCGGGCCCUUCCCUUCCACGAGACUUACGAUCCGGACGACUACGAUGCCAACGAGCAGCGGAUCGCCUCCGUCCAGCACCGGCUGCGAAAGACCCUCGCCUCCCGGGGCGUUGCCCCGCGGGACCGCUCCUCCGAAACCUUCGAUCCACUCGACGCCAUAGCCAUGGGCAAGACCCUCCUGCAGGAGGUCCUCCAGGCCAACAUCGAAGACCUCCAGAACAAGCUGGACGCCUACAAGAGGCACAAGGAGGACUGCCAGCUCAUGGCCCGCCAGUUCGCCCUGCAGGGGGGAAACUCCAAGGCACUCCCGGCCCAGUACGUCCGCAAGCAGGACGCGGCCGACAACGCCCGUCGGCGGGCCAACGUCCACCACGCCGGGAGCCACUACCACAUGCAGUGUUCCCGAUCGAUGCAGUUUGGGAAGAAGUACAAGGGAUUGAUGGCCCGGCACUCCAGCCAGGGCUCCCGGCUCCAGGCAAGCCGGAUGGCCGCCAAGGAGAUGCAGCUCCAGCAGCGSUCGCACGCCAAGCAGGUCACCUCCAAGAAAAAAUCCCAGCAGAAAAAACGGGGCGAGGCCGGUGGCAGCAAGAAGAACGGGGGCAAGAAGGGCAAGGGGGGUGGCGACGACUAGCCGCAGCGGACCAACCCCGGAAGCCACACCCAUCAUSGGCCUUGCAACGAACCAAUCCAUCAACGCUUUUCGGGACACGACACUAAACGCUCUCACUUUCGGUGCAUGAACUGGCAUCCAACAGUAGACGAAGGGGGCRAAAUAGUGAAGUAGCUAUAUUAAAUCUAUAUUAAAUUA